CUCCAUCAAUCAAUUUUCACUUACGAAUUGUUCUUCUUCAUCAAAAACAAUAGGAGACACGGCUGUUUUCCGUCUGCAAUUUUUUUUUUUUUUGUGGGAAUUUUGAUCUCAUUGUUACUGGUGUCGAGCUGUACAAGAAUUCCCGCCAAUUUCUAGAUUCAAAAUUUCCCCAUAGUUAAUCAAGAUGCACAGGUUGUCCCAGAGAGAAAGUGUUGUUUACGGCUACAAUAAUUCCCCCAAUACGCCGCAGGGAAACUCGGAUUUCGAUUUUAACGAUGUGUUUGGGGGUCCACCACGGCGGUUCUCCAUCCAGGAGUUGCGGCACAGUGAAAGCGCAGACUCUCAUGCUUCCAGAAGAAAUGAUGAAACAGUUGCAUUGGGAAAACUGUGGUCGGGUCUGAGCGAGAAGCCUGUGUUCGGUGAAGGGGGAGUGAAUCGGAGUCGAAAUUCAAGUGAUAAUUUCUUUGAUGACAUUUUUAAUGGCAGCCAGCCUCUGUGUUCUUCCCCUAGGAAGUACGAGAGGGAACUCUUCUCUUCAUCACCGGGUUUUCAAGUUUUGAGUCCGGCCAGGCCUCUGCCGCCAAAGGCCGAGCCUUUUGGGAGCUCACUUCCUGCUCAAUUCAGUCUUCCAGCCAAAUUGAACAAGGGAAUGGAGCUCCCAACAUUUGGUUCUGCUACAGGUAGCAGAAACAAGGAUGGCGGGUCAAAUGGUUUGAGCUCUUAUUUGUUUUCUCCUCUGUCUAGAUCCUCAAGCCAAGCUGAAGACAGUCGGAACAAAUUGAGAAAUGGGAGUCAAUCUUCUAGACGUCUCAGUGCUUUAUCUCGGGAGCUGUCUCUUGGCAGUGAGGAUUCACUGGAGUUGACAAAGCAUGAUGAAACAGAGACCAAAAGCAAUUCAAUGAAGGAUUUAAAUGAUUCAGAACUUAACGGCAGCCAAUUUCACUUUUCAAUAUACAAGUGGGCAAGCAAAGGAAUCCCACUAGCCAUGCCUCUUCGAGGAGGUAAUGGUUCAAGAUCAAAAGAAAAGGACAGGCCUGAGAGAUGCUCCAGCCAGAUUGCAUGUGAAAGUAUGGCAAAUGGCUUACCUACAGCAGCAGCAGCAGCACAUGAUGCUGCAUUGGUUUCAAAUGAUAGAAUAUCAGCGACAACAGAGCCUACAGGGAUGGAUAAAAGCACUGAUAAUAGAGAACCAUGCCAGACCAACAAGGAAGCAAUUCCUCCCACAUCUGAAUCACAGACCUCGAGCCCCCUUGGUAGUGCAGUAGAUAAUGCUAAUGAUGAUAUUGCCUUUUGCAAAAAAGGAGAAGAAACGACGCCUUGUUCCAUUCCUGAGAGUAAUAAGAGCAAAAUUGUCAAAGAAAAUUCUGCAGUCAAAGAGGAAGCUCAUAAGCCUAAGACUCCUGAGCCCAAAUCUCUUGGUUUGCCAUUCUAUGGUGAUGAUCAACAAGGUAUUGUUAACAAAACUGAAAGGGCUGGAAGAAAACAAAGUGCAAAUAAUAUCAAGAAACCAUCUGUGAUUCUUGAUGCAGUUGAAAACUUGAAGAAAAUUGAUAGAAGAAGAUAUAGUUUUGACAGUGCAGAGGUGGGUAAAACAAGCAUGCAAGGCUCCCCAAGGAAUUCUGGAAACUUGGGGAAAAGCAAAGUCAGGGGAAAAGUUAAAGAAUUUGUUAGAAUGUUCAACCAGGAUUCUUCAUCAAAACCUACAAUUGACAAUGCCUCUAAGAAUCAGAGCUCUAGAUGGAAGGAAACAGGAACCGUCAAAGCAGACAAUAAGGUAAAUAUUGGCAUGAGUGAAAGAGUUAAGAAAAUGCAGAUGCCCAGCGUGAGAAAGGAAACAUCCUCGCCAGAUGUUUCUGUCAUGGUGGAUGAUUAUCUUGAAAAGACAGCAAAACGAGAUUCUACCAGAAAUGAUCCCAAACAUAUUUGGAAUGGUGCUCCUGUGCACGAGGAUAGCACAGCAACAAAGGCCGUUCCAAAUGGCUCAAAAGCUGAUUUUGGAGAUCCAGAUGAGUCCUUUGAGGAAAACGUUCUGAUAAAAGAAAUAAUCCAAGAUGAAAUAAAAGUGCAGCAAAGCAGCAUUGAUCCUGAAGGAAUGCAGGUCAUCGAAUCUAAAAUAAGGCAGUGGUCAAAUGGAAAACUAGGAAACAUUCGUUCACUAUUGUCAACUUUACAAUAUGUUCUCUGGCCUGAUAGCGGAUGGAAGCCCGUGCCUCUUAUGGACAUAAUUGAAGGAAACGCAGUGAAAAGAUCAUAUCAAAGGGCUCUACUCUGUCUACAUCCAGAUAAGCUCCAACAGAAGGGUGCCAACUUGCAACAAAAAUACACUGCAGAAAAAGUUUUUGAUAUAUUGCAGGAUGCAUGGACUCAUUUUAGCUCACUUGGAUCAGUCUGAUUAAUGGAAGCUCAAGGCAACAAUUCUCGCCCAUAAAAAGGAUAAAAAAAAAAAGAAAGUAUGCACAUCUUUUGAUUCUUCAUAUAAGUUGAGGUAAGAUUGGUCCCAUAUGCCUAGGCUGUAUAAAAUGUGAUUUGGUAAACUCUUUUAAGUUUCAUCUUCUCCAAGAAAUAAUUCACUUGUUGUACACUGAAGAUGCUAUGUAUAUUGAACAAAAUUGAAGUUUGCAGUAAAAUCUGUUUGUGUUU